UACCAUGCGUUUACCCCCGCCACUCCUAAAACAUUAUCUGCGCCGUCUCACAGCACGCAUAUCAAUAUGUUGUUUAUCUGACAAGGUACCCGAUCGAACGAUAAAAUCUGAGCGUUGCCUGAAUUGGGGGUUACUGCCCACGUAAUCUGAGGAGGGCGUAUAUAAGCGUUUUGUCGUGCCUUCUGAUCGACUUCUCUCUUCCGUUGUGUUGUCCCUCCGAGACUAUAUCUCUCGCAGCCUUCAUCAAUCUCCUUCAUAUCAGUAUCUCUUAUCUUCUUCCCAGAUCCUUCUCAUCAUGACACCUCCCAACACCGGAACAGUUCGUGUCGCCGUCACGCAAUUCGAGCCCGCAUGGCUCGACCUCCAAAAGAGCGUCGAGAAGACCUGCCGCCUCAUCCGCGAGGCAGCAGAAAAUAGAGCGCAACUAGUCGCCUUCCCCGAAUGCUGGAUCCCCGGCUAUCCAGCAUGGAUAUGGACACGCCACAUCGACUUCGACCUCUCAACCGCAUACAUCCAAAACUCCCUUUCAGUGGACUCUCCCGAGAUGAAGCGCAUUUGCGAGACCGCCGCCGAACACGGCAUCGCCGUCGUGCUCGGCUUCAGCGAGAACUACAACAACUCGCUCUACAUUGCGCAGGCUAUCAUCGACGCUCAAGGCGCGAUCCGCGUAUCGCGGCGAAAACUCAAGCCGACCCAUGUGGAGAGGACGGUUUUCGGGGACGCUUCCGGCGGGUCAUUGAAGAAUGUAGUAGAGUUGGAGGGGAUUGGACGAGUUGGAGCUUUGUCGUGCUGGGAGCAUACGCAACCCUUGCUGAAGUACCACACGUACCAUCAGAACGAGAGCAUCCACGUCGCAGCCUGGCCGCCACUGUAUGCGCACUCGGGGGGCCCUGACCUGUAUUCCAUGAGUAGUGAAGGCUGCCGCUCCCUCUCGCAAACCUACGCCAUUGAAUCGCAAACCUUUGUCCUGCACGCCACCGCCGUCCUAAGCCAAGCUGGCGUCGACAAGCUCCAAACAGGCGCCGGGCUCGCCAUGAACGUUCCCGGUGGGGGUAGCUCAGCCGUCUUCGGCCCCGAUGGGCGCAUCAUAUCUAAAGACCUGCCGAGCACUGAAGAAGGAUUUAUUUAUGCAGAUUUGCCGCUUGAUGACAUUCUUAAGACGAAGAGCUUCUUAGAUGUGUGUGGGCAUUAUAGUCGGCCGGAUUUGCUGUGGCUUGGUAUUGAUGAUAGGGAGAAGACGCCGGUGGGGGUGUAGGAGGCAUUGUAGAGUUGUGUAUGGUUGAGCAGCUACAUGAUACGUCGCUCGAGUGCUGCCGG